AUGGAACUUCACAGCUCAUAUAUCGUAAGUUUUAAGAUCAGAGGGCUUCAAUCCCUCUUAGUCUUGCUUCUCUCUCUACCCAAUGCAUUCGCCGCUUCGGCGUCGUCUCAGGGCAUCAAUUUCAGCUUGCGGGCUUUCGAUGGCAAUAGCAUUAAAUUCCAAGGCGAUGCAGCGGUUUCGAGCGACUUCAUCCAACUUACCAAGGCCAAUCAAGACCAGAACCUUAAUGCGAGUGGGGGGUGGGCCACGUACCGCGAGCCGAUGCGCCUUUGGGAUAAGGCGACCGGGAACGUGGCGGAUUUCACCACCCAUUUCACCUUCGUCAUCAAUUCGCUAGGAAAGCCGAUAUUUGCUGACGGAUUGGCCUUCUUUCUUGUUCCUGAGGGGUCUCAACUCCCGAUCAACUCAUUCGGAGGUGGCCUGGCUCUUGUAGAUCCAGCCCGCGACCCUUCCAACGCUUCCACAUGGUUUGUUGCCAUCGAGUUCGAUACUUUCUACAACAUCAACAAUAGCACUAUCGUUGUGGACCCGAAUUGUUCCCAAGGUGCACAUGUUGGUAUAGACUUGAAUAAUCUCAAUUCCACGGUAUAUAGGUGCGUCGAUUGGUUCAAGGAUAAAAUCAUGAGCGGUGGGCGGAUCAACGCUACGAUAACGUACAAUUCUAGCACCCAGAACUUGAGCGUUCUCAUGAUAGAUGCUGAUGCCACGGGUACCAACAUAAAUUCCUCCGCUAUCUAUGAUAUUGUCGACUUGACAAAGUAUUUGCCGGAGUGGGUGACUUUCGGUUUCUCGGCUGCCACAGGUGUGUACUUCGAGUUGCACACUAUUAGGGCAUGGGAACUCAGCUCUAAUGUGCAAGUGAUGGCUGGAAAAAGGAGCAAUUUGCGGCUAUUGUCUAUUCUCAUUUUGCUCAUUCUUGUUCCGGCCUUUAUUUGGCUUCGUCACUGUUCCAGAGAAAAAGAAGAUUAUCCAGCGAUUGAACAAGAUGAUCCAGCGAUUGAUGAAGAAUUUGAGCAGGUGUCGGUGCCUAAGAAAUUCUCCUACAAGGAUUUGGUUGCAGCGACUAAUAACUUUGCAACUGAACGGUUGCUUGGGGAAGGAAGCUUCGGGAGAGUGUACAAAGGUCACUUGACCAGCCCGAAUGUUGAUGUCGCGAUCAAAAAGAUUAAGCCCGGGGCGAGUCAAGGGAUAAAGGAGUUCACUACCGAAGUAAAGACCAUAAGCCUACUCCGGCACAAAAACUUGGUCCAACUCAUCGGUUGGUGUCAUCAGAAAAAGGAACUCCUCCUAAUCUACAAGUUUAUGUCUAAUGGUAGCCUCGAUUCUCAUCUAUUCAAACAAGGGACCUUCUUGCGGUGGGAGAAUCGGUACAAAAUCGUGCAAGGCAUAGCCUCGGCAUUGUUUUACCUCCAUGAAGAAUGCGAACAAUGCGUCGUGCACCGGGAUAUAAAGUCCAGCAAUAUCAUGCUCGAUGAUAAUUUCAAUGCAAAAGUAGGGGACUUUGGUCUGGCUAGGCUAGUUGACCAUGCCAAAGAGUUACCAACGACCGUGCUAGCCGGAACCAGGGGCUAUUUGGCUCCUGAAUACAUUUACAAUGGCAAGGCGAGUAAGGAAUCAGAUGUUUAUAGCUUCGGGGUCGUGCUAUUAGAAAUAGCUUGUGGAAGAAACGUCCUCGAGCCAAGGGCCGGGGAAGGCCGAGCAUGGCUGGUGGGUUGGGUUUGGGAGCUGUACGGGGCUGGGAGGCUACUUGAUGCUGCAGACUCCAAACUUGGUACCGACUUCGACGAACAGCAGCUGGGGUGCUUGAUGGUUGUAGGGCUGUGGUGUGCUCAUCCGGACCACACCGCCCGUCCUUCCAUACAAGAAGCGUUAAACGUUCUUAACUUUACCGCUCCGCCACCCACUCUCCCACCGAAAUUGCCGGUCCUUGGACACCAGCCACCUCUAUCAGCGUUUGCCACAUCAUCGUUUUUUUCGUCCCGCGCCGCCUCGACCAGCGGCAUCGAGAUGUCCACAUUUACUACAGCUUCUGUACAAUCCUCUCAUUCGGCUUCCUCUCCAUUGCUCCCAAAUGCAGGAUGA